AUGGAUUACCAGUCAGCGAGGGUGACUCCUGGGACCCCCGGGGCGCAGCACUUGGAUGUGGGCGACACCAUCAUUAUGAUCGAGGGCCACGACGCCCGCUCCCUGUGCCACUUCGACGCCUACGAUCUCAUAAAGGGUGCUGGGAACAGCGUGGAGCUCACAGUGAGGAAGGGCUCGUCACGCCCUCGCCACCUACAUCUCUUGACUGUGUUUGUUCCGUGCUACUCUGCUGACUCCCCUUACCACCAGUUGCACUAUGCGACCUGCCGUGCUCUCAGUGCCUUGCAGAAUGACGAGCAGGACGAGCAACACUUGGUGGAGGAGAACCUAGCGCAUCAAGAGAAGCUGGAGCAACAAAUAGUGGAGGAACGACAGACCCGGCCAAGAGGCGUUCGUUCCCCCUCCCAGGCCUCGUCCUCUCAGUCCCCCCAUCGCUAUCCGUCUCCCCUUCAGCUGAGUUCUCCCACUAGGGGGCUUACGUCUCCGUCUCGCUUCUCAGAGUCACCCGUUAGGCAGGUCUCGCCGCCAAUACAGGUUGCCUCCCCAUCCUCUCAGUUUCCAUCGUCACCUGACAUGUCCUCUCCCAGCCACGUGCCGUCCUCCCCCACCUCCACCUCCUUCACUUCCGCCUACUCCAGUCCACCCGACCAGUUCUCCCCGCCUGCAUACGUGACCUCCCCGCCACACUUCCACCUUCAUAAGUCACACCUUUAUUUUCAGCCACACUCCCCACAGCCACACCUACAGUCGCCUUACGCACAGCCACAGCCACAGCUACAGUCACAGGUACAUUUACAACAACAGUCACAUAUACAGUCACUGCAACAGUUACAAAUACUACAGUCACAGCAACAGUCACAAAUACAGUCACAGAUACAGUCGCCGGGCCCACAGCCACAGCAACAGCCACAGAUACAAUCUCCGCGUCCACAGCCUCAGCAAUACCCACAGCAUCAGUUACAGCAACAGUCACAGAUCCAAUCACCACGCCCACAGCCACAGCAACAGCCAGAGAUUCAAUCACCACGUCCACAGCCACAGCAACAGCCGCAAUCACAAUCACAGAUACAAUCACCACGUCCACAACCACAACCACAGCCACAGCAACAGUCACAAAUUCAGUCACCGCGCCCACAGUCACAACCUCAGCCACAGCAACAGCCACAGAUACAGUCCCCGCGCCCACAGCCACAGCAACAGACGCAGAUACUGUCACCACGACCACAGCCACAGCAACAGACGCAGGUACAGUCACCACGCCCGCAGCCACAAGCACAGCCGCAAUCACAAUCACAGAUACAAUCCCCGCGCCCACAGCCACAGCAACAACCACAGCAACUAUCACAGAUUCAAUCACCACGCCCACAGCCACAGCAACAGUCACAGAUACAGUCCCCACGCCCACAGCCACAGCAACAGCCACAGCAACAGUCACAGAUACAGUCCCCGCGCCCACAGCCACAGCAACAACCACAGCAACUGUCACAGAUUCAAUCACCACGCCCACAGCCACAGCAACAACCGCAGUCACAGUCACAAAUACAAUCACCGCGUCCACAGCCACAGCAGCAGUCACAGAUACAAUCACCACGCCCACAACCACAGUCACAGACACAGGUGCAAUCACCACGCCCACAGCCGCCACAGCCACAGAUACAAUCCCCGCGCCCACAGCCACAGCAACAACCGCAGCAACAGUCACAGAUACAGUCACCACGCCCACAGCUACAGUCACAGAUACAGUCACCACGCCCACAGCUACAGUCGCAUCCACGGUCGCGGACGUCACCACACUUGAAGCCCCUACCAAAGACACAAAUACCGCCACAGCAGGAACCACUGGAGGAGGAAACAGCUCCAGUUUCAGCAGAGCACACAGAUGCACUCAAUGAGUCAGUCAUCCUUUCAAACUUACCAACAGACAACUUAUCAAGACAGGCAAACAACACACACCGUGCAGAGCUCCCACUCCUCCUCACAACUCCCGCCGCCCUCUGGAACACCCACGGAAGAGUCGGUGGAGGUUCAGGACCCACAGCUGUUGACGGAAGACCAAAAGAGGAGACAGCUUCAGCAACUCAUUCUGGAAAAGCGGCGAUUGGAGGAACUAAUGAUGAUUGCCAAAAGAAGGGAAUCGACCCCAACCCGACAGUCACCCGUUCCUCGGCAGUCAUCGAUCCCUCACCAGCCGUCCAGUGCUCAGGAAGACACUCCAGCUGUAACUGGACAAGCACAGUCCCCUGGGCUGGGCCAGCCGGCAAUACCAGUCGGUCUGACACGACAGACGGAAACAGUGACCAAAGAAUCGUCAUUAUCUCUUAA